GGUUGUUUUAUAUCGCACGGUUGCAAUGGCCGCUGUUCGGUGAAGGCUACGUACUACACUUAUGGUGCUCUAUGUUAAGAUGAUAAUGUGUCAUACUGAGUUACUCGUGUCGCUAGUAAUUGGUGUGCUUCUCUGCGUGCCGGUCGUCUAUGGGAGUAAAGUUUUAGAAUUGAGUGACAGGUUUCUCGACGUACGGCACGAAGGCUCGUGGCUUGUCAAGUUUUAUGCACCAUGGUGUGGUCACUGCAAAAUGCUGGAACCCAUUUGGAGCCAGGUUGCUCAAAGCCUUGCAGAUACGGACAUUCGUGUGAGCCGCGUAGACUGCACGCGGUUUACCUCAGUAGCCAUGGAGUACAGCGUCAAAGGUUUUCCGACCGUGCUCUUUAUCAAAGGGGACAAGACUGUUGAAUACAAGGGAGAUCGUAACAGGGAGGAGCUUGCCGAGUUUGGACGCAGAAUGGAUGGGCCACCAGUUCAUCAUCUGACAUCCUGUGAUGACUUGAAGGUAAUGCGGGAUCGGCACAAAGUCUUCUUUAUCUACAGUGAUGGAGAAAAAGGAAGUGGUGACACCAGCACUCUAAAGGAAAACUUUAUAAAAAUGGCAGAAGAGUUCCAGCCAGUCAAUUACUUUUUCACAGUACCAUCUUCUUGUAUCAGUCAGCUGGGGGAAAACAUGACUUCUCCAGCAACGCCUGCAGUUUACGUCAUCAAGGACAAUACUGGCUUUUUAUACGAUGAAAACAGUGCUUUAGAACAAAACAUGACAUUUCUUGACUGGAUGAAUAGAGAGAGAUUUCCAACAUUCCAGAAAAUAACUUACGGCAAUUUCCACCAAGUACUCAAGACUGGGAAAAGGAUAGUGAUGGCAGUUUUGGAGGAGAACCAGAUUGGAAAAAUUACCAUGCGUAUGCAGGAAUUCAAAGAUAUGCUUGAAGCAAUCGCUUUGAAUACAAGGGAGUUAUUCCAUGAACACUUCGUGUUUGGCUGGGUGGGGACACCUGAGAUUGCGAACUCUGUGGCCAUGAUGAACCUGCCAGUCCCUAGUCUCCUAGUGAUUCAGCCUGAGACAUACCAGUACUACUUGCCUGAGGGCCACUCACGUGAACAGCCCCCCUCUCCACAGGCCGUGCUGGAGCUGCUCAAUUCCAUUAUGGAUGGCUCUGCUGUGCCGUAUGGUGGAGACAGCUUUCCUUAUCGGCUAUACCGUGCAUACUUUGAAGCCAAGACUGCACUAGCAGGAAUGUGGCGAGGAAAUCCAGUUUUAACCGCUGUGCUGUUUGGCCUGCCAUUGGGCUUCCUGAGCAUUAUCUGUUAUACAACGUGCUGCUGUGAUGUUCUUGAAGCAUCUGAUGAUGAUGAUGAAGCAGAUGAAGCAAGUCAUGAAAAGAAGGAGUGAGAAGCACAGUUUGUCCACAAUCAUUAUGGGUGGAAAGCAAGAGGCAUACCUGCCAUGCCAAUCCUAUAGUCGGUUACCUCCUAAAAAAAGGAAGAUGAGCUCCACCCACAAAACCGAAGCACACCUGCUUUUCACCUGUGUAAGAAACUUGAGCUAGCUGCUUUUCAUUUGAAGCACAAGUACAUUUUUUUGUUGAUGUAGAAACUGCAGUGCAGUCCACAUAUAACAAUACCCAAGUGCCAACGAAAUCCCAUCGUUAUACAUCAUAAUUGUAAGCUGGUUGAGAGAAAAAGACAAAAGAAAGCUCAAAAUCUUUUAUUUGCAUUCAAGUAAGGUAGUGCAACUAUGUACUUGUUUGCAGAAAACCCAUAGUCUGCUUUGAUUGCCACAUGCGAAGCUUGGGCACAUGUUUCUCAAAAGCAUCAAAGGGUUCCACGUAGCUGAGUGGGAGGUCCCUCAUAAAAAAAAAUGCUCCCACCUCCCCGAAGGGAAUCGUGAGGAAAUGUGAAUGCAUUUCUUGCAUUACGAGGGAGUACCCUUCCCGUCAGACAUUCACCAUCACCGACUUCUGCCAUCGCUUUUAGAGGCACCCAACCAGCAAAUGGUCGAGAGUGAGGAGCGAGCGGAUGAGAGAGUGGGGCACCAGCAUUCUCGGCUCGGCAUUGGCGUUUCACAGCGGCAUCUCAAGCACACAUUUCCGGUUGUUCUUGAAAGGUGCCCAGCCAGCGAACAGUCGAGAGUGAGGCGCGAGCGGACGGGAGAGUGGGUCGCAGGGAGGAUAGAGAGCUAUCUGCGAGAGAAGAAGCAAUAAAGCACUGCACCUACCUUCUCCUACACUAUCUUGCACCACAUGUUCCAGUUGCUAAGGGGCGAGGAUAAGCACGAGCGCCUACAGCUGUUGCUAUGGGAGAUGGCGGUGGACGAAUCUCGGCGGACGUUUGACAUAGCCCGACUAAGAAAUGCAUUCACAUUUCAAACCAAGUCCGAUGCCUGACAUAGCCUGACUAAGAAAUGCAUUAGCAUUUAAAACGAAGUCUUGGAGGGACUCUAUCGAACAUUCGGCCUUCUGCGAUGAGAGUAUCUGAGUAGGCUCCUCAACCACGUCGUUGGAGUCACCACUCAAACCACUGUCCUCAACACAUAUACUAUGUGCACCUAUCAGCUCAUUACUGAGGCAGUGUGACAUUUCUGCAACAUCGUCCGCAUCAAUAAGUGGUCCAGACGAGACGCAUUUUCGUAAAGCACUGACCACAACUCCGGCAGCUUUUCGUCAAUGAGUCUCGCAGGUCUCUCUUGGCAUCGCUUUAGAAGUCUGGAAGGAAAACUCUUCCUCCUCGUGCUUCCUUGUAAGAAGCAGAGUCAUUUCGUUUUCUGAAGGUGUGGAUGCCAUGGGGCACAUAGCAGUGGAUUCCGGCAGUCUGGAGAGCCACUUUCUGUACACGCUGCAGCUGGAUUAAAUCGCUAUAUUCGAUAUUGUGGCACUGGAGCAUCGUAAUAAGUGGCUUAUUUUGGUAUAGAAAACAUGAAAAAGCAGAUGGUGCCAUAUCAUUGUUAUAUCUGAUAUAUCGUUGUGAAUGGUAUCGUUAUAAGUGGGCUCAACUGUAUGCGUACUGAUUGAUUGAUAUGCGGGGUUUAACGUCCCAAAACCAUCAUAUGAUUAUGAGAGACGCCGUAGUGGAGGGCUCCGGAAAUUUUGACCACCGGGGGUUCUUUAACGUGCAUCCAAAUCUGAGCACACGGGCCUACAACAUUUCCGCCUCCAUCGGAAAUGCAGCUGCUGCAGCCGGGAUUCGAUCCUGCGACCUGCGGGUCAGCAGCCGAGUACCUUAGCCACUAGGUCACCGCGGCGGGGCUGUAUGCAUACUGGGCAUACAUACUACGCAUACAUGUUAAUAUAAUAUGUACAUCAUUUCUACCACUUGGAUGAACACUUAUGUGACAAUUUUUCUGAAAAUUUGCCUAGACAUUCACAAGUUUUCCUCUUCACAUUUACAUCAUAAUUGCUACAAAUAACAUCCCCUGUACUGUUUGUUUUCUUUUUUUAGUUCUAAAAAAUGUCUCUAACAAAGAAAAACUAGUUUUUAAACCCCCCCCUUUUUUUCCCUUCACCUAAAACAAGUGGCUCACAUUUCUGCACAAUAUAUUUGACUAUCUUGAAUGUGCCGUGGGCUUGAUGUCACAGAAAGGAGCAAACUCAAUUAUAUAGGGCAUCUUUGCAAAUUGUCGCAGGGCAGGAGAAAGAUUGCUGUGGGCGGAUCAUAUAUUUUUUUCCUUGGUUGUAACUGGUUAUAGAAACCAAUGAGUAGUGAAUGCCAGCAGACCGCUGUUUCAAGCCAAUUUACGACAUUUUAGUUCUUUUGUCAGCGGAAGGCAAAUCAAUUUUACAUGUAACUGGAGCAAGCAGUCAACUGAUAAAAGUUGUUCAGUGAGCAUUAUGAAUGCUGUUUCAAUAGGAAAGGUUGUGGAGGGCUUUAAACUUGCAUUAAUGAAAUAAGAUUAACGUGACAAAGGUAUUUUGGUAAGCUGUAGUACCUGUUCAGGGACCCAACUACUAUAUAUUAUUGGUACCUUUAUGAUGCUCAUGCAGCUGUGUUUUGACUUUCUUGAAUGAAACUAACGAACUUUGUAUAAAUUCUAGAUACUUGUACUGCCUUGUCUAUGUUGUUUUCAACAAUGUUUCAAUGUCUGGGUUGUUCUAUGACAAGUGUUCUUGUGCUCAUGUUGUUUAGAGGAAGUCUGUUCAUUAUGUUAUCUACAAGCUUCAGGAGUAUAUAUUUUUGAAUAGUUUGCAUUUUUUUCUGUGAUGUUUUUACUUAUAACAGAUGCCACUUCCUUGUUUUGUUGGCAUAUUGAAUGCAUGCACCAGAAACUUUGCAUGCACCAGAAAGUUUUUUGAAACCCUUGACGACCUACUUAUUUUGUAUAUUUGUUUUACAUAGUAUUGUGAACAUGUAAUUGUGCCAGCAUAUGUUCAGUGCACUCAUCGUGACUUAAGAGCUUGUUGUGGACAAUGAUAGAAGACAGUUAUGCUGUACUGCCUGAGUGCUGUGCCAUCAUCAGUGUACACAGUCACCCUUUUUACACAUUUGUGCUUGCUUUCCUUUAUUUUCUGAAAGAAAUGAAUGCCAGCAAUGUCUUCAUCUGAACUUGGUGUAUUUGUCUCAUUAAAGACAUCAACUUUA